UGAGUAUCAUCAAAUGUAUUUUAGAUAAAAUAAACCAUUUAUAGGUUAGGUGAAUGGAAAUAGUCCACUAAAAGAAUGGAGAAGGUGCUUACAGUUUUGAACUAAUGACAUACUUCUGGCGUUAUUUUUUGUUGUUGUUGCUGAUUUUUUCGUUUUUGUUUUUACUUACAAUAUCCCAUUCCUUUGUUGUCCAUCUCACUAACCAGUUGCAAAAUGAAGUCUGAUAGACUGUAAUUCACUGUAUUAAUCUGUUAUCAUACAAUAGAUCAGAAAAAAAAAGUAGCAUUACCUCUUCGCAGAGCAAGAAUUAUGAGCACUGAAUUAAAAAUACUACAGGCUACUGGUAAUAACCAACUGAGUAAUAAUAAUAAAAAAACUCUGCUAACUGAAAUUGCUCACACCUUUUGGCAUCUGACCACGAUUUCCUUCUAGCACAUUUUCAGGAUAUGUAUUCUUGUGUCUAAAACUGGAUGGAACACCACAGGAACAACGACUUGUAAGACUGCUUAAGAGACUAUUAGAUAUUUAAUACAAGAACCUUUCUAUUAAAACAAAUUUUAACACAAUUAUAUAUUCAAAAGUUGAAAGAAAAGGUAAAACUAAGCUUAACAGGAACAAAAAUUAAAAUAUGCAUGCAAACUAAUUACAGCAUUAUGAACUAAUUACUAAUAUUUCUCAGCAAGUUCCCCUCACUUAAAUUUAAUCUUAAAUGAGAUCAAUUUUUUAGUCUAAAUAGAAGGCCAGAAUACAUGUCCAUCAUUUUAGAACAACAACAACAAAAAUGAACAAUUAAAUCCAUAGUAGAUCACUAAAGUGGAUUCUUGUAUUCUUACAGUGGGUGCUUAUAUGUGAAGCAAAGCAAACACAACAAGAAUCUUAGUAAAACUCCAGGAGUUUUUUUAUGGUAUCUCCUCUGUUCUCAUAGAGGAACUUAUUUAAGGCUUUUGAAAACUCAUAUCUGAUGACCACAGACGUAUCAGAAAGAAGGAAAUUCAGAAGUCUCGAGCUCCGCAGAGCUAAGCGGAGUUUGACUCAUCUGUGAUCAACACUCUUCUUCCGGAGGAGGGAAAACAUUCUUUGUAGCCUUCUGGGUGGUUUCUGUAAAACACUCUAUUUCUUGGACACAAACUGAGUUGGUUUUCCUGAAUGAUUAGUAAGCCUAGAACGCAUCAGCUGUUAACUGCUUCCACAGAAUCCAGCAUGUGACUAGACAUAAGUGAUCUGUUCAUUUGGUCACUGACACGAAGAUAUGACAUGGAUACACUCUUAUUACUGCAGAAUUAAAUAUCAUCCUUUUCAUCGCAGCAGCGGAGAUAAAAAGGACGUAAGACAAAAUUUCCCUCUCUCCAAAGGAAGGUGCCUGCAGCUUGCAUAGCUCUCACCAUUUAUGCAAGAAGACUCGGCAUAAAUGACAAAUUCAACAUGUGUUCUCCAGCCAUCAUUAGCUACUACUGUAGCUCUACCCAUCAUCUACUCUCUCCUAUUUACAACUGGCAGUUUUGGAAAUGCUCUCGCUGCCUGUGUAUUUUUAAGGCAAAUACCCACAAGAAGAACACAAUACAUUUAUCUGGUAAAUCUUGUCACUGCAAAUUUGCUCAUAUGCAGUGCUAUGCCUUUCCUGGCUGCCUAUUUUGCAAAUGGGCAUAAUUGGACAUAUGAAUCUGGAAUAUGCAAGAUAUCGUACCACCUUGGAACUACCAUUACGCAUGUCUGUAUGUAUGUUACAAUUCUAAUUUUAUGUACAAUUGCUUUAAGUCAGUAUGCAACACUGAAGAAAAAUAAUGAUGCACAAUACUCUCAAGCAGUUAAGGAAAACUUCAGCAAACGUGUACUUAAAAAGUUCCGUCAGCCAAAAUUUGCUAAAUAUUUUUCUAUCUUUAUAUGGCUUAUUGUAAUGUGCAUAACGGUAGCAACUAUAACAUAUGAUGCCCAGGCAAGGUCUGAGGAAGCAUUUUACACGUGUUAUAACAAGAGGGUAGAAGCUGGUGAAUUUACUGCAAAGAUUGCAGCAUCUUUUGUUACUGCUUGUUUUUUUCUAUUGUUUGUAACAGUUUUGUUGUCAUACUAUUCUCUUACCAGGCAUCUGAGUAAAAUACAAAAAAACACUUGCAUUGGACAAAAACAUCUGAUUUACAGAACAGUGAAAAGAAACAUUCUUGUCAUCCAGAUAAUUUUAACUGUCUGCUUUCUUCCAUAUCAUGUUUUUAGGCCAAUUUUUUAUGCACUGCUUCUAGAUGGAGACUGUUCAAGGCUAAACUAUCUAGUGGAAAUUAAAAAUUUCCUUGCUUGUCUCGCUGUUUCUAGGAGUAGUGUAGACCCAGCUAUAACCCUUCUACUAGAUAGAACAUUAAAGAAAAGUUUGUAUGACCUGUUUAAAAAAUCCACACCUUAACACCACCAAUAUAAACCUGGUAUUUUCACUGAAAAGAUCCCCUGCAAUGUGAAGUAAUGCAGAAAGAAUUUAGUAAAACUGAACUAACAGUAAACUCAUUUUGACUCCUAUAAUCAGACUUUUACAUGAAAUGGCAAAUAUCUAAAUAAAAUGAUAACAUAUUACAUGUAUAUAUAUUUUUUAAUAUGAUCUUGUUUGCUACAUCAACAUUAGCCAUAAUAAAUCCUAAGUGUAUAUCCAAAUGAAUCCAAGUAAUUCGUACAAUGAGCUGUGUACUGCCACUUUAUCCAUGCAAAGCAAAAGACAUUUAUGUCUGAGCUAUGGACAGUGUUUUCUACCUAAACGAUCAAGGAAGAUGACAGAAACCAGUCUGAGACUGAAGACAAUUUUCUUCUGUUACCAGUAUUCCCAAGUUUUGGACAUGGGCUUUCUUUACAGACAAGAAAGAACAAAGCAUAGAUGUUUUCUGUGGAAUGGGUAGAUCAUAUAUCAAAGGCUUAAGGAAGCAAGCAAAGAGAACUACAAAACACAUUCAAGAUUGACAUGUGGUUUUUUGCUCACGAGUGUAUGGGUAGAAGGCUGAUUCCCCCCUUCCCCCCACCCCUGGGAAUGCAUUUUUUAUUCUAGCCUUCACAGGAAAUCUCACAGUUAAGAAUUACUUAAUCACUCUGCUCUGGCAUUUCCUAUCAUGGGCUCAGAGUGUCAUUGCAAUGACAUUUGCAACAGGGUGAUUCUGAAGAGAAAGGCUGGACAGUGACUGCUAACUUAGAGGGGUGAAAUAUCCACAUAGGAAGAGAACUCUGGUGGCCUAAGAUUUAGUGUUUGAGACAAAUGGGUUUUGUAUGUGCUCUGUAGCUUGGUCAGGAACUGUUUUUCUCGGAAACCUAUCCAUGGCAGCUAUGUUAAUAGCUGAGGCACUGGCUUCCUUAUUGGUGCAUUUGUGUGCCUUUGUGUACUCAGGACACUGUACUGUGCUGGUUUCAGCUAGGAUAGUCAACUUUCUUAAAUAGUAGCUGGUAUGGUGCUGGGUUUGGAUUUGUGAUGAAAAUAAUGUUGACAACACACCAGUGUUUUAGUUGCAGAGCAGCUCUUGCACAGAGCCAAGGCCUUUUCUGCUUUUUGUGCUGCUCUGCCAGCAGGGAAGAGGCUGGGGCUGCCCAAGGAGCUGGGAGGGGACACAGCCAGGACAGCUGCCCCAAACUGGCCAGAGGGAUGUCCCAUCCCAUGUGGCAUCAUGCUUAACAG